AUGUUUCAAAUCUCUCAAAUGGCAUCAUUACCAUGCUUUUAUUUAAUUCUUUUUGUCACCAUUUCAACUUUCUCAUCAUAUGCAAAUUCUUCUUCUUCUUACAAUGACCAAAUUGCCCCUAAACAACAAGGGGAGAAGCUAAUUAGAGGAUUUAACUUGUCUCCUAAGCACUCCAUUAAUCUGCCAGAGAUUGGUGAUGAUUUUUUACAAUCUAGUCCUGAUCUUGUUGAAAAUCCUUUGAAAUUCAAUGUUCUUGGUGAUCCUGGUCCUUCUGUUCAAGAUUUUGGUCACCAUGCUGGCUAUUUCAAGCUUCCUAACACUACAGCUGCAAGGAUGUUCUAUUUUUUCUUCGAAUCAAGAAACACCAAGGAAGAUCCUGUAGUUAUAUGGUUGACUGGAGGGCCAGGAUGCAGCAGUGAAUUAGCUUUGUUUUACGAAAAUGGUCCUUACCAUCUUUCUAAUAAUAUGUCUCUUCAAUGGAAUGAUUAUGGCUGGGAUAAGGCAUCAAAUCUCAUUUUCGUCGAUCAGCCGACUGGGACAGGAUUUAGUUAUACAACUGAUCAGAGUGAUCUGCGACAUGAUGAAAAUGGUGUUAGCAAUGACUUGUAUGAUUUCUUGCAGGCAUUCUUCACAAAGCAUCCCGAGUUGGCUAAAAAUGAUUUUUUCAUAACUGGAGAGUCCUAUGCUGGCCAUUACAUUCCUGCAUUUGCUGCCAGGGUUCAUCAAGGAAACAAGAACAAUCAAGGGAUUCAUAUAAAUCUCAAGGGAUUCGCUAUCGGUAAUGGCCUAACAGAUCCUUCUAUCCAGUACAAAGCAUAUACUGAUUAUGCCUUGGAGAAUGAUUUAAUUGAACAAUCAGAUUACCAGAGAAUUAAUGAACUGAUGCCAUCAUGUGAUCAGGCUAUCAAAGCUUGUGGUACCAAUGGAGAAUCUACCUGUGAAUCUGCAUACAGUGUUUGCAAUAACAUAUUCAAUGAGAUCAUGCAUGUUGCUGGCAAUAUUAACUACUAUGAUAUCAGAAAGCAAUGCGAAGGGCAGUUAUGUUAUGAUUUUUCAAACAUGGAAACGUUUCUGAACGAUAAAAUAGUGAGGGAUUCUCUAGGGGUAGGCAACAGAGAAUUUGUGUCAUGCAGUUCAGAUGUUUAUGAUGCAAUGCUAAGGGACUGGAUGAGAAAUCUUGAAGUAGGAAUUCCUGCACUUCUUGAAGAUGGUAUCAGAGUACUCAUCUAUGCAGGAGAGGAGGAUCUCAUAUGCAACUGGCUCGGAAAUUCAAGGUGGGUUCAUGCAAUGGAAUGGACGGGGCAGAAGGAUUUCGAAGCAGCUUCAACUGUUCCGUUCACAGUUGAAGGCGCAGAAGCAGGGCAGUUAAAAAGCCAUGGUCCUCUAGCUUUCCUCAAGGUCAACAAGGCUGGUCAUAUGGUUCCAAUGGAUCAGCCAAAAGCAGCAUUACAAAUGCUAAAGAGCUGGAUGCAAGGGAAGCUUGAUGACACUAACAAAGACAGAAUUUCUCCAAUCUGAUUGAUACAGUCUUAACUUUCCUCCCUUUUCUUAGCAUUGUUCGACAUAGUUUCAGAAUGUGCGAACUUCAAAUAUACUGUUUUUCAGUUUAUUCUACAAAUUUAAAAUAAAAAUGAAAGAAACAAAAUAGAUAUAUCCUUUUAGCAAUUA